AUGAGAUCGCUCCAGAGACUGAUUCAGGGCAGUGUCCUGCUCCUGACCAUCUGUGCGGCUGGCAUUGGUGGGACUUUUCAAUUUGGCUACAACCUCUCCAUCAUCAGUGCCCCGAUGUUGCCCAUCCAGGAAUUCAUCAAUGAGACAUGGCAGGUGCGUACUGGCCAGCCACUGCCCGACCACCUAGUUCUGCUUGUGUGGUCCCUCAUCGUGUCUCUGUACCCCCUGGGGGGCCUCUUUGGAGCACUGCUUGCUGGGCCCCUGGCCAUCAUAUUGGGAAGGAAGAAGUCCCUCCUGUUGAAUAAUAUCUUUGUGGUGGCCACAGUGACCCUGUUUGGCUUCAGCCACAGACCAGGCUCCUUUGAGAUGGUCAUGCUGGGAAGGCUGCUCUUGGGAGUCAGUGCAGGUGUGAGCAUGAAUGUCCAGCCCAUGUACCUAGGGGAAAGCGCCCCCAAGGAGCUCCGAGGAGCUGUGGCCAUGACCUCAGUCAUCUUCACUGCCCUAGGGAUUGUGAUAGGCCAGGUGGUUGGACUCAGGGAACUCCUGGGGGACCCACAGGCCUGGCACCUGCUGCUGGCCAGCUGCCUGGUGCCUGGGGUGCUCCAGCUUGCCUUCCUCCCUCUGCUCCCUGAGAGCUUGCGCUACCUCCUCAUUGACCGUGGAGACAUGGAGGCCUGCCUGGCAGCGCUGCAGCGGCUACGGGGCACCACGGAGGUGGCGGAGGAGUUGGCUGAGCUGGAAGAGGAGCGUAUCUUCUGCCAGGGCCGACGCGCCCUGCGCCCAUGGGAGUUGUUCCAGGAUCGCGGGCUGCGGAGACAGGUGACAAGCCUCAUGGUCCUGGGCAGUGCCUUGGAGCUUUGCGGAACCAACUCGGUGUACGCCUACGCCUCCUCCGUGUUCCGGCAGGCCGGGAUCCCCGAGGGGAAAGUCCAGUAUGCUAUCGUGGGGACUGGGAGCUGCGAGCUGCUCGUGGCCUGCGUCAGUUGUGCAGUGAUCGAGAUGGUGGGCCGCCGGAACCUGCCGAUAGCGGGGUAUGGUCUGAUGGCCUGCUGGGGAAGUAUCUUUACAGUGGCCCUGUGCCUGCAGAGCCCCCUCCCCUGGAUGCCCUACCUGGCCAUGUUCUGCGUCUUUGCCCUCAUCCUCAGCUUUGGCCUUGGCCCUGCCGGAGUGACAGGGAUUCUGGCCAUGGAGCUCUUUGACCAGAAGGCCCGGCCUGCUGCCUCUAUGGUCUGCCGGGUGCUCAUGUGGACCAUGCUCUUCCUGGUCGGGCUGGGGUUUCCCUUCAUCAUGGGGGGCUUGUCCCACUUUCUUUAUGUGCCUUUCCUGGGUGUUUGUGUCUGUGGGACCAUCUGUACUGGCUUCUUCCUUCCCAAGACCAAAGGCAAGACCUUCCUGGAGAUCUCUGAGGAACUUCACAGACUCAACUUCCCUAGGCAGAGCUAG